CCCAUUUCUCUGCUGAGAAUUUCACGGAGCAACAAUGACGACAAUGGAGGAAACGGAGUUAGAAAUGGGGAAUUUAUCACCAACUAAUAAUUCGUCGCCCUUCAGCAUCGGCAAUAAAGUCGAAGUUACCAGAGAAGAAGUGGGUUAUAGAGGAGCUUGGUACGAAGCCAUCAUUGUGGAACCAAACCCUAUCCAAAAGAAAAAAAGGGGUUUCUUAGUUCAGUACAAGCAUCUCUUAUCUGACAUAAAAGAUGUGAGUGAAUCAAUACCUAAACGCGAGUUCAUUACAAAACGGUCACUCUUACGGCCCGGCCCGCCGCCGCUUGCGACGGUGGAUGAGCGGAGGUCCUUUAAGGUGAAGGAUGUUGUUGAUGCAUUUCAUCUCGCUGGUUGGUGGAAAGGAGUGAUUGCUUCAGUUGUUGGUGGUGAUGGUGGUAAAGGUAGCCGGUUCCGGGUCGCUUUUAAAGAUCCGGAUGAGGAGCUUGAGUUUUCUCAAAAUGACUUGAGAUUACAUGUUGAUUGGGUUGGCGGGAAGUGGGUGCCCCCUGUUCCGACUCAUGAACUACUUAAGAUGCCUGAUCUUCAGUCUGGAAGUUCAAGUGCUGCUGACCAGAACAAGCGGAAGAAUUCUGAUAGUAGCAAAAAAGCAUAUGAGAAGAUCGGAAAACCAAGAGGAGUUGGUUCAGUUGAUAAUCAAUCAAGUCAUGGCGUGGAGGAAAGAAUUGAUUGUUCACCAGCUGAAACUGAACAUUCUAAUGAUGGGGCCUCUUUGAAGAAGAGACUGGAGAUGUUGGAUACUGAGACUGGCGGGGUACAGCCGCUGAAGAAGUUAAAAAGUAGAAAACAUGUUUCUUUUGCGUUGGAGAAUCAAGAAUUUCCCAAGCGCACCAGAGAUAAGGAUGGAAAGCAAAGUGAUUCUGGAUUUCUGAUUGUUGAGGGUAGCAGCAAAAGAAACACUGGGGACCUGUCUGACCACCGAUUACUUGCUGUGCCACAAGAUGUGGAGAAACAAGUAGUUGAAAGCACUCUCCAUGAAUUGGUAAAUGAACAGAAUGCAACCAAGCAAGUUGAGUUAUCUUCAACUAGUGGUAUAAAUAUUUCAGCAGGUGCCUCUGCUGCAGCAGACCAACCAUGUGUUGAGACCAGUACUCAACAACCUGAUGGAACGCCAGAUACUGAACUUAAUUCCAUCAGUACGCCUGAGCAGAGUCUUGUUCUUCCAUUUAGGAAGAACUCCACUCUUUGGGGAAUAGUUGAAUCUGCGGAAGUAUUUGCAAGGAGUCCACAAAAUCCACAUUUUUCACCAUUAGCUCAAUAUGAGGAGAAUAAACGAGAAGACAUGGCUUUACAAAAGAUGAUAAAUUAUGUUUACGUUGUUGAGAAGAUACCAAAAUUAACAUCCACAGAACUUAGUAAUUCACCUCUCAUUAAUGACAUGCUGGCAUUUGUCAAGGACUGGGAGGAAAAUGGAUUUGAUGUUAUUCUGUAUAAACGUGGCUUGAAUGAUAUACUGUUGAACAACGAGAGGCAAAAUCACUUUGUAGAGAAGUUGGAAGCAGUAGAUGGCAGAAUAAAAAACUGCAAUCUUGAGAAUGCAAGAGCUGAAAAAGAGAUUGAAGAGAAGGUUAUGAAGAUAAAAGAUCUGGAGAGAGAACUUAUGGCAGCCAAGAACACGAUGGAGGCAAUAGAUCAGGAGAAGACCGUAAUGGAUCAGGAGAUGUUGGUAUUAAGGUCUGAAGAGAGUGCCAUAUGUGGCGAAAUUCGACAUGUUCAGCUUCACUUUGAGGCAACAGUAGCUUCGCUGAAGCAAAUUUUGAGAUGACCAAUAUUUUGUAGUCUGAAUAUUUUUUUGGCCCUUCUGCAGAAUAUUCUUGGCAUGACUUUGACAAGGUAGCAACUAGCAGCUCUUUGAAUUUUAUUUUGCUAAUAGCUCUCAAUUUUAUUUUACACACCUCAUUCCAAACAAUUUCAAAUUUGUAGUAAAGAACUAUUCCAGUAGUAUAGUCCAGGCUUGGGUUCAAAUGA